CCGGUCCCUGCAAGAUGCCGGCGGCGCUUGCAGAGAACAGCCAGGUGAUCUGUGAAGUGUGGGCAAACAACCUGGAGGAAGAGAUGAGGAAAAUCCGAGAGAUUGUUCUGAGUUACAGCUACAUUGCAAUGGACACGGAGUUUCCUGGAGUUGUAGUAAGGCCAAUCGGGGAAUUCCGCAGCUCCAUAGACUAUCAGUACCAGCUCCUUCGGUGUAAUGUUGACCUGCUGAAAAUUAUCCAGCUGGGCCUGACUUUCACAAAUGAGAAAGGAGAAUAUCCUUCUGGGAUCAACACCUGGCAGUUCAACUUCAAAUUCAACCUCACGGAGGACAUGUACUCUCAGGAUUCCAUAGACCUCCUCGCCAGCUCUGGGCUGCAGUUCCAGAAGCAUGAAGAAGAAGGCAUCGAUACCCUGCAUUUUGCUGAGUUGCUUAUGACAUCUGGGGUUGUGCUUAGUGACAGUGUGAAGUGGCUGUCCUUCCACAGUGGUUAUGACUUUGGCUACAUGGUGAAGUUGUUGACAGAUUCCAGGUUACCGGAAGAGGAACAUGAAUUUUUCCAUAUCUUGAACCUUUUCUUCCCAUCUAUCUAUGAUGUAAAGUACUUAAUGAAGAGCUGCAAAAACCUCAAGGGUGGCCUUCAGGAAGUGGCAGAUCAGCUGGAUCUGCAGCGAAUUGGACGGCAGCACCAGGCAGGAUCGGACUCUCUCCUCACAGGAAUGGCAUUCUUCAGAAUGAAAGAGUUGUUUUUUGAGGAUACAAUUGAUGAUGCAAAGUACUGCGGGCGGCUCUAUGGCCUCGGCACAGGAGUGGCUCAGAAACAGAGUGAAGAUGUGGAUUCAGCCCAGGAGAAAAUGAGCAUUUUGGCUAUUAUCAACAAUAUGCAGCCGUGAUGAGUGGCACUCCUCAGCACAACGUGGUUUUACCAUAUUGGCAGCUGCUGUCCUCAACCAUUUUCCCUAACACUGUCUCAAACGAAAGGCAUCUGCAGCACAUCCAGCCUGCACAAGGCCUGCAGUUUUGCUGAAGAGCUGCAUCUUCAUUUGAAACCCACAAGAAGAGAGUUGACCGAAUUCCUAAUGCCAGCAUUUGUGGUUUGCCAUCUUUUUAAUACCAAGGGCAAAAGAACCUACUGUAUAUACCUCUGGUUUUUUCCUCUUUAUACUGUACAGAAUCUGCAAGGAAGACUUAAGGGUAGAAUAUUGAGUAGAGCUGAGGGUCUGGAAAUCCAGUGACACAGACAUGCACACAGCUUUGUAAAUUGUGCUUUAUAAAGCUUAUUUUAAAACUUGUGCACGUUGUGAGGGUGACUGCUUCACCUCAUGUGUUGCUUAUUUUAUCUUGGUGUGGUCUGUGGAAAUUGCUC